AUGGAUUUGAUGAACCGGGUGUUCAGAGACUUCCUGGACACCUUUGUAAUCGUUUUCAUUGAUGACAUCUUGGUCUACUCCAAGAUAGAGGCGGAACAUGAGGAACAUCUUCGAAAGGUGUCCUUUCUUGGGCACGUGGUGUCGAAGGACAGGGUUUCAAUGGAUCCAGCUAAGAUUGAGGGCAUUACCAAUUGGCCCUACCCUACGACGGUCAGCAAGGUGUGCAGUUUCCUGGGGUUGGCUGGGUACUAUCAUAGGUUUGUAGAGAAUUUCUCUAGCAUGGCCACACCGUUGACUCAGCUAACCAGGAAGGAAGCUUCAUUUGUUUGGAGCAAAGCUUGUGAGGACAGUUUUCAAGACCUCAAGCAGAGGUUAGUUUCAGCACCGAUUCUUACCAUGUCAGACGACUCGAGAAUUUCGUAA